AUGGCCACGAUAACCGGCGACGAGCUGGCCAAACACAACACCAAGGACUCCUGCUGGAUCGCCAUCAACGGCCAAGUCUACGACGUGACUUCCUUCAUAGACCACCAUCCCGGCGGCGCAAGUCUGAUCCUCAAGCUCGGCGGUCAAGAUGCCACAGAACAGUAUUCGACAUUCCACGACGCCGCCCUCGUGGCAAAGACAUUGGAUCCAUCAACGAGGAAAGGAACAAUAGAUCCAGCCUCAAUCCCCAAACCCCAACCCAAAGCAAAAGCAGUCGGCGACGCCGCACCAACCCUCAAAAGCCCUCCCCUCGCCUCAAUGAUCAACCUCCACGACUUCGAGAACCUCGCAGAAACCCACAUGACCCCCCUAGCCUGGGCCUACGUCUCCUCGGGCGCCGACAACGAAAUCUCCCUGCGGCAAAACGGGCACGUAUACUCCAAAGUCUUUCUCCGCGGCCGGAUCCUCCGCAAAGUCGGGAGUGUCGACCUCCGGACUAAGAUCUUGGGCUACGAGUCUUCCCUGCCUAUCUACACGUCCCCGGUCGGGCUGGCGAAACUCGUGCACCCCGAUGGGGAGUGCAAUAUUGCGAGGGCGGAUGGGAAGGAGGGGAUUGUACAGGUUGUGAAUACUGUGAGUAGUAUGCCGAUUGAGGAGAUUAUGGAGGCGAGGGUUAGUGAGAGUCAGCCGGUGUUUUGGCAGCUUUAUCUCAAUCGGGAUCUGGAGAAGAGUAAGGAGUUCGUGGAGAGGGUGGAGAGGACGGGGGUGAAGGCGAUUUGGUUGACUGUAGAUAGCCCUGUAACUGGGAACCGGGAGAAGGAUGAGAGGGGGAAGGUGAUUGAGGAGAUCGAAGAAAGCCUCGAGAAGGUCGUCGAGAGCAAGAACACCGGCGGCCGAGGCAUCGCAGCCUCCCACAACUCCGCCAUAAACGCCGACGCAGACUGGUCCAUCAUCCCCUGGCUGCGCUCCGUCACCAAACUCCCCAUCGUUAUCAAAGGAAUCCAAUGCGUUGAAGACGCCCUCCUCGCCUACGAGCACGGUGCAAACGGCAUAGUCCUCUCCAACCACGGCGGUCGGUCCCAAGAUACAUCACAGCCACCUCUUGUCACUUUGAUGGAAAUCCGCAAGUACGCCCCUCACAUCAUCGGAGGGGCUAUGGAGAUAUUUGUCGAUGGCGGUGUGCGGAGAGGGACUGAUGUGUUGAAGGCGCUGUGUUUGGGGGCUACGGCGGUGGGAGUGGGGAGACCGGUGUUGUAUAGUAUGGCGGGUGGGUAUGGGGAGUAUGGAAUUAGAAGGAUGAUUCAGAUUUUGAGGAAGGAGUUGGAGACGAAUAUGGCGUUUUUGGGCGCGGCGAGUGUGAAGGAUUUGAGGCCGGAGAUGUUGAAUACGAGGAAGUUGGAGAAGAUGAUGGCGGGGUCUGUGAGGUUGUGA